AUGAUCCACGGCUACGACUACAGACUCGUCCAAAUCCCCAGAGGAAUCGGUCGCUCAGGAACAUGGACCAAAGUCCCCGCAAUCAAAGAAGCCCUCAGACACUACAAAUACGUGGUAUUCCUUGACGCAGAUGCCAUGAUCCUCUACCCCAACCUCCCCAUGGAAUGGCUCUUCAACUACUGGAACAUAACCCCAGACACUUUAGUCGCCAUGGCCCUCGAUCCCGAAGCACCCCACAACCGCGACUGGAACGGCAGCACACUGCUCAACACGGGAUUCAUCAUCGCCCAGCAAAGUCCACGCACCCACGACCUCUUCGAAGCAUGGGAAUCCUGUCCCACUGAAACGCGCUACCCGGGCUGUCUGAAAUGGAGUCGCGAGUGGGCGCAUGAGCAGUCUGCGUUCGGGAAUCAUCUCCGGUAUGAUUUUAAUGGAUCGCAGGAUAUUCGGGUUCUUCCUUGUGCUGAGGCAAAUGGGUGUCCUGAGGUUGCUGCUACGGGGUGUGUUGGGGAGCUUGUGAGACAUUAUUGGGGGGAUAAGAGAUCCCUACCGGCGGCUGUCGGGGAUGGCAUUUUGCAGUAUUUCUUGUCGCAGUUGCAUGGGAUCUUUCUUCAGAGUUCGGGGGCUUUGGUUGUUAAUAUGACCGAGCGUGAGUUUUCAUGA